CUCUCUGGUGUAAAUGCCCAGGUGUUGUCUGUCUCCCUGCCUGUAGGUCUGGGGCUGUGGACCAGAGACGGCGCUGAAGAGGGACAUGGAGAAAUCGGUCAGUCGCGAGGUGGAUGAACACAGGAGCCUGGGCUCGGCCAAUGGCGUUGCUACAAAGUACCGUCGGGCGUUAGAUGGCGGUGGUGGGGGAGGAGGAGGGGGCAGUGGAUACUAUCGGCCCGUGGGGCGGGCUCCGGGAAGUGAAGGCAACUCCUUCCGGCCCCUGGGAAGGCUCCCAGGCACCGAGGGUGGAUACUACCGCCAGGCGGGAGACGGCAGGGUGAGGAACAGCGCUCACUUCCAGCCCCGCGGCGAGCCCAGGGUCUACGGGCGCAGGUUCGAGAGGAAGCCUGGCGACGGCGCCAUUAAUGGGUUGAGCCGCCGGUGGAAAGCCCGGCCCCCGGGGAACCGGCUGACCAGAACACGGGACGGGGGUGAAGGGGCCGAGUCCCUGGACGAGGCAGAGGGGAGCGGCGGCGGCGCCGGCGAAGAGGAGGAGGAGGAAGAGGGAGGGCAGCCCCACGGCUGGACCUUGUUCAAACCCCCAGCCACGUUCCCGGUGGGGAGCAGCACAGCCCGAAUCCUGCCCCGGAUCAGUUACGCCAGUAAGGUGAAGGAGAAUCUCGGCGCAGAGCCCACCGGGGCGGGAGGAGCCAGCGACGACCACUCAUCGGGCCCCAGGCUGGGCCAGGGACUGGGAGCCAUCUUCCACAACCAGUGGGGCCUGUCUUUCAUCACUGAGCCGGGAACGGGCGCUGCAGACGGGGCAAGAGGGGAACAACGUUCCGGACUGAACUGUGGGCAGGAGACGGCAGAUCCGGGGCGACUGGGAGCACCCAGUCCCGAGCCCACCUCCCCACCACCUCCUCCGCCCGUACACAGACUGAACACUGACUGGCAGCAGUGCACAGACACUGACCCCCCAGAGCUGCAGGAGGUCGUACGGUAUUUCUCCACAGGUCGGUUACAGAGAGAGAGAGAGGAGGGGGGGGGGGUUUACCCCACCCCAGACCCCGUCCCUGCUCCCUGUCUGAGGGAGGGGGCUCUCCCCCAGACCCAGUCCCUGUCUGAGGGAGGGGGCUCUCCCCCAGACCCAGUCCCUGCUCCCUGAGGGGGGGGGGUUACC